CACUCCCUGGGCUCCUGCCGGCGCUCGGACUUUGCCCGCGGCCGUCCCUGGGCGGGCGGGCUGAGUCUCCCCGCUGCCUCCGCCCUGCGGCUUCGCCCUGCUCCGAACCGGCCGCGUCCCGCAGCAGGAGCGACCCUCGGGGGGGCCCGGCCUGGCCCCUCCCGGGGCGUUCCGCCUCCGCGUCCGUACCGUGCUAUUGCCUCAUCGCCUAAAAAUACCUUCCGGCUGGUUUGGCAGCGGCGGGAGGCGCGGAGCGUGUGCCCGGCCUGGCUCUCGGGGUGCGGGGGAAGCACCAGAAUGAAAGACAUGGAUAAUAUCAAAACUGUAAAGAAAGAAUGGGUGUGUAAAUCAGGAACUGAUGAUCAGAUUUUGAACGGUACAGAACAAAACUGUGACUACUUUGUAGAUAACCUUUUUGAAGAAGCUCAGAAGGUUGGUGCUAUGUGUGUGCCCCCAACUACAGUCAAGAACCAGGUUGAUGUAAUCAUUAAACUUUGGAAAAAUGGGUUUACGGUAAAUGAUGGCGAACUUCGGAGCUACACUGAUGUUGCAAACCAGCAGUUCUUGGAGUCCAUUAAAAAGGGGGAACUGCCUUUUGAGCUGCAAAAAGUUUUUGAUAAGGAGGAGGUAGAAGUGAAAAUGGAAGAUAAAAAGGAUAAGGUGUAUUUGUCAUCGAAAAAGCCAAUGUUUCAUCCCUUUUCUGGACAUGGUUACAGAUUAGGAAGUGCUACUCCAAAGAUAAUCUCUAAAGUGAGAGACGAUCAUCCAGGACCUCAUGACAAAAGACACCUGCCUUUAGUACCCUUGAAUGAUUUGGAGCCUAUCACCAAUGUCCAGAUCUGGUUAGCUGAUGGGGAAAGGAUAAUUCAGAAAUUCAAUGUUUCUCACAGAAUCAGCCAUGUCAGAGACUUCAUAACAAAGUAUCAAGGAUCUGAGGGAAGUGUUCCCUUCACACUGACCACCUCCCUGCCUUUUCGAGAGCUGCAGGACGAGACACUCACACUUGAGGAAGCAAAGUUGCAAAACGCCGUUGUUGUUCAGAGACUUCGGAAAACAACUGAACCUUUCAGAUUCUUGGUGAUAAAAGCACCUGACAACGACUACAAAAGUGCUGCUACACCUAAUGGACAACUCAAGAAUGAGCAAAAAAAUGCUAUCAAUAGUACACGAUCAAAUUAGCUUUAUAACUGACCAAAAAUUAUCUGCAGGGUGAACUAGGCAAAACCAAAAAUGUAACCAGCAAUAUGUGGAUGCCCUCACAUCCUCAUGCACUGUGCUCUUAGAGAGCAGAAUGGGUGCUGUGCUGUCAUCUGCUAUAAUAGAGGUAUUUUCAGCUACAUUGGGUAGUCAGAGCCUAGCUGUAUAAUGUAGCAGAGCUAACUGUGCAGCGGAUCAUCCUUAGAAUUUCCUUAGGUUAAAAGCUUCUUAGUAUUUAAUAAGUGGGUCUAGGUGGAACAGUUCUCUGAGACUUAACUACUGAUAGCACCUUUUAAGGAAAAAUAGUAUUUAUUUUUGCACUUUGGACUAAAGUGAAACAUUUCACUUAUAUUGUAUUGUAAACUGCUGCAGUUUGCAUUCUUCUCACAGUAACUCUUUGACAACCAGUACUGCAAGCAAGCUCACAUUUGAAUUCUACCUUGAAAAUCUUCAGGAUGUAACUUUUGUCACAAGAUCUGCAGUGUAAUAAUGUUCUGUCAGGUUUCCACAUGGUGGUAGGUGCAUGUGUGAGAAGAUACAAACGAGAUAGUUUGGUGCAUACUGCAUAUGAAGUGCCUCAAAGUAAGCUCUGAAGGAAUUGUUCUUACCAAUGGUUGAAGUGGUUUCUGCUUCUUUUGGGCUGCUACGGGUGUCUUGCAGAUCAGGUGAUGUUAAACUACCUAGCUCAUCAGCUUAGGGACCCACUUGUAGCUUUGUCACACAGAAACUUCAGCUGUUUUGGCUAUCACCAAGUAGGAGUAGUAGUUGAGAGGGACACAGUUGUUUUUGUACUGUUUAUCUGCCUCUGUCCUGAACUGCCCAGCUGAUGGAGACACUAAUUGCAUGUGGUCAAGUUUCAAAGCUGUUGAAAAUCCUUACUUGAAAACUGACAUUUUUCUCUCCACUUUGCCCCAUUUCCAUCCAAAUCUUUUAUUUUGCUGUUCAUGUACUUGAGGAAUAAAGUUUGUAGCCAACUACUCCAUGUUUUGCUAAAAGAGAAAACAACAGAAAGACUUAA